GGGAGUUCUCAACGGUGCGUGCCUUCUCGCGCCUUUCGGGCGAUGCGAGAGGGGAGUGCUUUCGUGUGCCUUUGGCUCCGAUGGCGACCGGAAUUUUCUCCUUUCUCGUCUCCCUCGCCCUAUAAAUUUGCCUUUCCUCUCCCGCUUCCCCUUCGUCUUGCUCUACGCAUCUUGUGGUUGGGACCGUUAAGAGUUGGGGGGGGGUCGGCGGCGAUGGGAAGGCGGAGGGUGGAACUCCGGCGGAUCGAGGACAACACCAGCCGCCAGGUGUGCUUCUCCAAGCGCCGGAACGGCAUACUCAAGAAGGCCAAGGAGCUCGCCGUCCUCUGCGACGUCGAGGUUGCCCUUAUCCUUUUCUCCGCCAAGGGCAAGCUCUACCACUUCGCCAGCCCCUACAGCAUAGAUAAAAUAAUUGGGCGUUAUCGUCAUUUUGUAGAUUCAGAAAGAGAGGUUAAUGAACACCAUUCUGCACAGGGUCGUCUUAAAGACUUUAGUUAUCCAAGGGUAGACUGUCAGAUUCUGGAGAUUGUUCAGUGGUGCCUUGAUGAAACCAACAUUUCCAAACUAAGUGUCAAUGAUCUCAGCCAACUUGAGAGCGUACUAGAAGGUACACUUGCACAGACAACGUCAAGAAAGGAGAUGACAUUGCUCGAAGAGAGAAGAUUUUUCAAUCUGGGUGCUGAGUUUGGAGAUGAACGAAACAGUAGGGAAGGGUGACUGCAGGAAUACCGACACUUACAGCCACCGUCUUAGGAUGUUGAUGCUGCUGAAACUUCUCAGCACAUUUCCUUCUUUCAUUCAGAAUAUUACUAGCAGUAUAAAAAUGAAAGCACCUGCCCAAAGAAUGCCGUAUAUGUAUCGACAGCUUAUGUAUGUAUAUGUUUAAAUAAAACUGCUGCAAGCUCAUGUGUUCUAAUGUAAUAAAUUUUGGGCAGAACUUACCAAAACCAAUUUUGUAUUAUCAGAUUCAGAUGGGUGCAUCUUUCUGAUUCUUCUCUUUUAA